AUGACGGCAGAGACCAUGACCGAGACGCUUAAUUCAUUGUACACAAAAUCAAAAAGAACGUAUAAACAUCAGAAAGAUAUUCAUAGUGAUAUAUUGACAAACUCUGUAACAUCUUCGACAACUAAUAGUAACGAUUGGCAUCGACUGUUACUAGCUCGACUUAAACCUGGUGUUACACGAAAAUAUCGAACGACCGGAAAAAACGGCACAAUAUCAGACAUCAUUUCGUCAACAUCGUUUGAAGAUCAAAAUGUAACGUUAAAAUCCUAUAUUGAUGAAUCACUUGCUAUUACUCAAUCUCGUCGAGCUUCUGUUGCACAAUCAGAUGCAUUGAAAUCACUUGAUUCAUCAAUAGAAAUUUCAAUGAAACGAGAUAAUCAUUAUGUAAAAAAUUCCUUAUCAAAUCGAUCCGGAAAUACUAUAACUUCACUCAAGCGACGAGUUAGAAAACAGCAAAUGAGAUGUACACAAACUCAACCAAGUUUUAUUCAAGAAACAACAUAUCAACUGCCAUCAUCAACUAAUCUCAUUUUUAUGCCAUACUCUGAUCAAGCCGAAUUAUCGCAUCGUUACAGACCAAAGAAGUGCAGUUCUGUUGUUCAAUUACCACCAUUAAUAAAUGCUAACAAAGCGGUCCCAACUCACACUCGUGAUACUCAAUUGAGUAUCUACGCAUAUUAA